AUGCUGUCCAGGAAGGGGAUCAUCCCGGAGGAGUACGUGCUGACCCGCCUGGCCGAGGAUGUGCCGGAGCACGCCCGCUACCGCGCCCGGGAGAGGAAGGCGCGCUUCGUGGGCAAGAACGGCGCGUGCAACGUGGCCCACAAGAACAUCCGCGAGCAGGGCCGCUUCCUGCAGGACGUCUUCACCACCCUGGUGGACCUCAAGUGGCCCCACACCCUGGUCAUCUUCACCAUGUCCUUCCUGUGCAGCUGGCUCCUCUUCGCCAUGAUCUGGUGGCUCAUCGCCUUCGCCCACGGGGACCUGGACCAGAGCACCCAGAUGCACCUGCCCGGCGGGGGGCUGGGGGCAGGGGGGUUCGUGCCCUGCGUCACCGAGAUGCACUCUUUCACUUCGGCUUUCCUCUUCUCCAUUGAGGUGCAGGUGACGAUCGGCUUUGGAGGGCGCAUGAUGACCGAGGAGUGCCCCGCCGCCAUCUUCGUCCUCAUUGUGCAGAACAUCGUCGGGCUGGUGCUCAACUCCAUCAUGCUGGGUUGCAUCUUCAUGAAGACCGCGCAGGCUCACCGGCGCGCCGAGACCCUCAUCUUCAGCAAGCAUGCGGUGAUCGCCCUCCGGGAGGGCAAGCUCUGUUUCAUGUUGCGCGUCGGGGAUUUGCGCAAGAGCAUGAUCAUCAGCGCCACCAUACACAUGCAAGUGGUGAAGAAGACCAGCAGCCUGGAAGGGGAGGUCGUGCCCCUCAACCAGAUCGAUAUCCAAAUGGAAAACCCGGUAGGGGGCAACAAUAUCUUCCUGGUCUCGCCACUCAUCAUCUACCACGUGAUAGACAAGAACAGUCCUCUGUAUGAAGUCUCUCCAGCCAACCUUCAUCAGCACGAGGAUCUGGAAGUCAUCGUCAUCCUCGAAGGGGUGGUGGAAACCACUGGCAUCACCACCCAAGCCAGGACGUCGUACCUGGCUGAUGAGAUCCUCUGGGGCCAAAGGUUUGUGCCUAUUGUGGCGGAAGAGGAUGGGCAGUACUCAGUAGAUUACUCUAAAUUUGGCAAGACUGUGAAGGUUCCCACUCCUAACUGCACUGCCAAGCAACUGGAGGAAGACAGGAGCAUCAUGGACACCAUCCCCUUGUCACCUAGAAGCACCACAAGGAAAAGGUCUAUUAGGUUAAAGCCCAAAUUUAGUAUAGCUGGUGAGCCUUCCUGACACCAC